GUGAUUGCAAGCGCUCCUUAAGUGUAGUAAUUCGCAUAAAUAAUUAAGUAAGCCUAAGAGCUCCUCACCGCAUAAAACGUGAGAAAUCUCAGGAACUUGGGAGAAAGAUAGCACUCACCUUGUCUCGUCCACUUUGAUCAAGUAUCCUGAUUCGAGAGUCAAUCGACUGAAACGCUUGAUACAAUGACUGCUUCAUCUUCCCCUCACGUUCUCAUUGCCGGCGCAGGGUUAGGUGGCCUAGCAUUAGCGCAAGCGCUGCGAAAGCAAGGUAUUUCCUAUGAAAUAUUUGAGAGGGACGAGAAUCAGCGUGAGCGACGACCAGGAUGGGUAAUCGGCCUGCACGGCAUGCUCGAUGAUCUCAAACAAUCCAUCCCAGACGACUUGCCUCCAGUAUCCUCGUUAAGCAAUUUACUUCCCUUGACGAAGUAUCAACCUGAAGUUGUCUAUUACAACCCCGAGACACCGAACCAGCCCAAGAUUGGUGUGCGAGGCGAUGAGUCUGGUUGGAUUGUUCGAGCUGCUCGUCACAAGAUUGUUGAAUGGUUAGAAACGCAUAUUCCGGUGCAAUACAGCAAGAAGAUUGAAAACAUCGUGGAGACCGGUGACAAGGUAAAGAUAUACUUCCAGGAUGGGACGUCUGCUGAAGGCGAUAUCCUUGUUGGUGCAGAGGGCUCUCGAAGUGUCACCCGCAAGCAUAUCCUCGGACAUGAUCCCAUCAGAACACCGCCAGUGGGUUUCAUCGAUGGUUACUGUACUCUCAAAGGCGACGAGAUUGAAGAGCAGCUUCGUCUGGGCCAUUCUCUCUACAUAGUGGAUAUGGACUCUAUCAAUGGCGCCCCCAUGAUUUUUCUAGUUACCCUGAUAGAGAUGAAUCCUGAUGGAGAGUCUGGGAAGAUCGGCUGGGCUUUGAUAUGGCCAGAUGAAGGUGCUACCGAGAAGGAUUUCUGGACUUAUAAAGCUACUGGACAGGAACUGUACGACUUUGUAGUCAGCAAAACGAAGGAUCUGCCAGUUAAGUACCUCACUACUCUCAAGAGAUCAGACCCCCAGUCGACCCUCCCGGUGCUCAGGCUCUACACUCUGGUCAUAGACUCGAUGCCAACCGGGAGAGUCACGCUUCUAGGGGAUGCUGCUCAUGCUAUGACACCCUUUCGUGGAGAAGGCGGUUACCACGCCAUAUCAGAUGCACUGAACCUUGCCAAGGCUAUAAGCAAGAUUGACAAAGAUAACAUCGAGAGCAUCAAGGAGGUCUUUGACCCAUACCAGGCCAAGAUGCUGGAGAGGGGUAGAGAAGCUGCCAAGCUCUCAGAAGAAGCAUUUUCAAAGAAGCGAGAGGUUGGCUCCACUGAAUUCUAUUAUGCUUGGGGACGUCGCAUGAGCCCUUUGCCUGAGGAAGAUUAGGUACAGUGGUUGAGCAAUGCGAUGAUAGUGUGUAAACGGCUAUGGGAUAUCGUAGACUAUGAUAUGAUCAUAGAGCGCAUUAUAACAGCAAUCUAUAUUUCCAGGUGAU